AUGACUUCAUCAUUGGUGCUCCUUCUUGUCCCGUUGGCUCUUUCGGCCAUCGAACGAGGAGAAGCGGCGUUUGGGAACACGUCGAAGAUCUUUGAGAUUCCCGGACUCGAGGUGAUGGCCUCGGACAAGUACCCGCACUUUACCACCAUCGAAACGGUCAGCAGGACCAAGGUGAGACGCUUUCCCAAAGAAAGUAUUGUAUUCAAAAGCCGUCAAGGGUCAUGUGUUUUUAAUCAAUUUCAUCAUGAUUAUCACACCCUGUAGCCAGUUGGAUAGCCAGUGUUUUCGAUUUCCCCCUUCCUCCUUUGCCCUCUCCCCGCAUGCACAUCUAUGCACUCUUUCGCCCCUCCGAACCGCAGCAGCGUGGCGCAGUGGAAGCGUGCUGGGCCCAUAACCCAGAGGUCGGUGGAUCGAAACCACUCGCUGCUAGACCGUUUUUUGCAAUUUUCCAUUUCCAAUGUUUCCCAAUUUGCAGGUGCAUCGACAUCGUCGCGAGGUGAUCGCAGGUCCGAUCUACGACUGGAACUCGUACGAGAUUCCAUUUCAAAUUUGGGGUGGCGAUUGUAAGUUGGCCAGCCGAGUCGGGAAGCUUUUCACUUUUUGCAGAUGAGAUUCUUAUGCAAUCUCUAUCUAUUCGCAGUACAGUAAGAAGCUUAGGCGGUUGCGCACACACACACACACACCGAUUAUGUGGUUUUUGCGCAGGCAUCAUUCGCAGAGAGAGAGAGAGAGAGAGUUUGGCAGAUGAAGUGAAAGUAUUUCUGUGAAGGGCAACGUGGCCAAAGCGGCGACGCAGACACCCCGAAUCACGCGUAUUAAAAGUGUUAUGAGAUGAGGAAGUAGCCCUGGAAACUGCAUCAGAAUCCCCCGCGGCGGGGACAAUCUGGAGUUGAGUCUGGAAUUAUUAGAGAAAAAAAGGGAUCCGAUCCGAGUUCAAUGACCGAACGAAAACCGAAAGUCAGCUGCAGUGCGGGUCGGCCUUGUCACGGCUUGCAACACACGGAAAAACUUGUCGUUUCGUUUUCGUUUCACAUAAUUAACCCGCCAGUCCACACACACACGCACACAAACGUUUUACGCCAUUUUUCCGGCCGAUUUGGCGAUGAACUCGGGAAUGGCAUUUAUUUUGGGAAGGGAAAGGUUUCCCGAGACGAACUUGUUCAAUUUUGCAGAUAACUUUCAAAGUCUGAUCCGACGAGGCAUUCGCAUGUGGGAGGACUCCACGUGUCUCAGGUUCCGCGAGAAUAUGCAGGUGAGUGGGUACGAUGGUUUGAAAAAUUUGUUAAAAAAACAUUUCGAAAAAAAAACAACGACACUCCGAAGUAACGGAACUGCGCCUUGUUUAGCAUGUUCGAGAAUUUCUUGAAAAAUUUGUGGGGCUAUUCAGCGUAUGUUUGUUUUCCGUUUUUUUCGUUUUUUUUACAUCGCUGAAUUGGAUUUUUUGACGUAAAAAAACGAAAAAAAACGGAAAACAAUCAUUUUUUCACAGCCUGAAUAAUCCCAUAAAUCACGUUUUUUCCCAAAAAAAAAGUUCAAUAAUACUGAUUUCAGAGCCGCGACGCAAUCCGAUACGUUCUCGAGAAAGGAGACAGUUGCUUCACAGAGUACAUCGGCCGAAACGGAGGGCAUCAGGACAUCAUCAUCGGUUCCGAAUGCGCCGAAGAGUACGUGGUCGCCCACGAGACAGGCCACGCCCUCGGCUUCUGGCACACUCACCAGAGGCCCGACAGGGACCGGCACAUCUCGAUCAAUUGGAAGAACGUGAUGGAGGAGGCGACCGCCUCGUUCAUGCCGUUCCGGUCGAUGCUCCAAGCGUUCGGCAUCCGACAGGUCUCGCCACGAAGAAUUCCGUACGAUUACGGUAGUCUCAUGCAUUACCACGCAGUCGCGCACGCCGUCAAAGUCUCCGAUUUCACGAUUGUGCCGAAAGAGCUCAAGUACGUGACCACGAUGGGAACGGAGAAGAUGGCGUUCCUGGAUGCGAAGGUCAUCAAUGAUAUCUACUGUCCAAGUGAGUUGAGCUACUGUUUUCGUCUGCAUAAUCGCUUGAUUUUCAGGCGCGUGUCAGGGAAGAAACACGUUGAACUGUCUGGCCGGAGGAUAUCCGGAUCCGAACAACUGCAACGUCUGCAGGUGUCCGGAAGGACUCGGAGGAGCCGAUUGCGGCAGACUUCAGCCAUCACGUGGGUUCCCUUUUUAAGAUCUGUAUUCAAGUGUUUAGUUUCAGCGUGCGGGGGUGAAAUCCACGCGUCCGAUCAGUGGCAGACACUUUCGAGCCCUCAAGGACGGGAUGUCCACUGCUACUGGAGGAUCUCCGUGAGUCGGAUCACUCCAUCUCAAACGAAAGUCUUGAUUUCAGGUACCGGAAGGCUCGCGGGUCCGUUUCCGUCUCUCGGACGGAGAGUUUCCGUGUUCGUACGGAUGUCAGUCGUACGUGGAGAUCAAGCAUAAGCUGGAUGUGAGGCUUACUGGAUUCAGGAGGUGAGUGUCUCGUUUCAUUGUCUCGAGAAGCCAUGAAAGUGGCCAUAAGUGUUCGCAUCGAAUACCGUAAUUCCGUUUAUUCAAAACAAUAUAUCGCAGCUGCCAUUAGAGAUAUCGAAAAGUUGUUGUCGCAUAAAAUGUUCAACGAGACAUUGUGCACAUUUUAUCAGUUGACAACUUUUUUAUAUCUCUAGCGGUAGCUGAGAUACAUCGCUCUGAAUGGACAGUAUUGGGUCGAUCUUCCAGUCUAUGUAUGAGCAUACCCAGGGCUGGGCAAUUGGCCGGCCCUUGACUUGGACUUUUGAACCACUUGCAAUAUUCCGAUCGGACCCAAACUUUGCAGACUUCUUGGACAUGGGUUGAAGCAUAUUGGGACCAAGUUUCAGCCCGAUCGGAUUAUUUGGUCCCGAGAAAUGUGGAUCAUUGGCCGAAAUUGGCCGGAAGCCCGGGCUUUUUGAAAAAAAUCGGCCAAUGAUCCACAUAUCUCGGGACCCGACGAUCCGAUCGGGCUGAAAUUUGAACCUAAUGGCCCUCAAACCAAGUCCAACAAUCCUGCAAAAUUUGGGUCCGAUCGGAAUAUUGCAAGUGGUUCAAAAGUCCAGGUCAAGGGCCGGCCAAUUGCCCAGCCCUGAGCAUACCGUAACCUCCUUCAACUUUCAGUUGCUGCUACCGUCCCAAGGAAGACACCGUCUCCGAAUCCAAUCAAAUAUUUGUGAUCUACCACCCGAACGGUCGCACCGCCCGAUUCUCGCUCAGGUUCCGACGACAAGCCUGA